AUUCCGACGUUAGAGGAGGAGGAGGGCCGAGGGAAGGGCCAGCUGAAAGCUACGUGUCUUGAAAGCCGCUUUAAAUUUCGUCUCGCCUCCUUUGCUUUAAAUAUUUCACCGUAAAAGUUAGUCAGUAAAAACUUCGCGGAGUUCCUUCCGACCGGGACUGCGUGCGUGUGCGUGAGUGUGUGUACCCGGUGUCCAGCUGUCGGUGCUACCGCAAAGAAAUGUCCGGAGUGAAAAAGCUUCGUACGGAUCUUGUUAGGUCUACUAAUGUAGUAUACCAGGACCACCACGUCAGCCGGAGUAAGAGAGGGCAGGUCGUGGGCACCCGAGGAGGCUUCAGGGGUUGCACCAUCUGGCUCACAGGUUUAUCUGGAGCUGGGAAGACCACCAUUAGUUUUGCCCUGGAAGAGUACCUCGUGUCCCACAGGAUCCCCUGCUACUCACUGGACGGGGACAACAUUCGCCACGGCCUGAACAAGAAUCUGGGCUUUUCCGACAAAGACCGCGAGGAGAACAUUCGACGUAUCGCUGAAGUUGCGAAGCUGUUUGCCGACGCGGGUCUAGUUUGCAUCACCAGUUUCAUCUCUCCAUUUGCAAAGGAUCGUAACGAGGCAAGGAAGAUCCACGAGAGUGCCGGACUGAAAUUUUUGGAGGUGUUCAUCCAUGCACCGCUCGAAGUGUGUGAGAGCAGGGAUGUAAAGGGACUCUACAAGAAGGCCCGCGCUGGAGAGAUUAAAGGAUUUACUGGGAUUGACUCAGAGUACGAGCGCCCUGAGGCACCAGAGCUCGUCCUGAAAACUGGAGAGCUUUCAGUGAAUGAAUGUAUCCACCAAGUGUUGGAGCUCCUCUGGGAGCAGAGCAUUGUACCGUGCGAGAUCCUGGAAGAGGUGAAUGAGCUCUUUGUUCCUGAGAACAAGCUUGAUCUCGCUGUGGCUGAUGCCAAAACGCUCCCCACCAUCAGCAUCUCCAAGUUGGAUCUUCAGUGGGUGCAGGUUUUGGCCGAGGGCUGGGCCAGUCCUCUGAAGGGCUUCAUGAGAGAAAGAGAGUUCCUGCAGGUCCUUCACUUUGGCAACCUGCUAGAUGGUGGGUCCAUCAACAUGUCCAUUCCCAUCGUGUUGGCCGUAAGCACCGAGACCAAGCAGAAGCUGGACAGCUGUGCAGCUGUAGCUCUGGAGUAUCAGGGUUCACGUGUGGCUAUCCUCAGAAACCCAGAGUUCUACGCUCAUCGUAAAGAGGAGCGCUGUGCCAGGCAGUGGGGCACCACCUGUCCACAGCACCCUUACAUCAAGAUGGUGAUGGAGGGAGGUGACUGGCUAGUUGGUGGUGACCUGGAAGUUCUGGAGCGGAUCAAAUGGAACGAUGGACUCGACCAGUACCGCCUCACUCCUAACGAGCUCAAGCAGAGGUUCAAAGAGAUGGAAGCAGAUGCUGUGUUUGCGUUCCAGCUGCGUAACCCUGUUCACAACGGUCACGCCCUGCUCAUGCAAGACACUAAGCGACGUCUGCUGGAGCGUGGAUACAAAAAUCCAGUCCUCCUCCUUCACCCGCUGGGCGGCUGGACCAAGGACGACGACGUGCCUCUAGACUGGAGGAUGAAGCAGCAUUCUGCUGUCCUGGAUGAGGGUGUUUUGGAGAGAGCCAGCACUAUCAUUGCCAUAUUUCCAUCUCCUAUGAUGUACGCUGGACCAACUGAGGUUCAGUGGCACUGCAGAGCAAGAAUGAUUGCAGGAGCAAACUUUUACAUCGUUGGCCGAGACCCAGCAGGCAUGCCUCAUCCUGACACCAAACAGGACUUGUAUGAACCCACCCAUGGAGCUAAAGUUCUCUCCAUGGCCCCGGGCCUGACCUCUGUGGAGAUCAUCCCCUUCAGGGUAGCUGCCUACAACAAAAGUAAGAAGGCCAUGGACUUCUACAGCCCAGAGUGUCAUGCUGAUUUUGAGUUCAUCUCUGGAACCAAGAUGAGGAACUUGGCUCGGAGUGGGGAGAACCCUCCCGAUGGUUUCAUGGCCCCAAAGGCCUGGAAAGUGUUGGUGGAGUACUACUCCUCUAUUCAGAAGAUCAACUAAUCAAUGUUCAGCUCACUGGUUGACAGGUUAUCGACAAGAUGGUUCUUAAAGGGCCCAAAUCUAUCAAUGUUUUCCUUCUGAAGUACUUUUAAAUAGAUCGAUGGUUUCUGACAGGGUAAGGGUUUGUGAAAGACAUGAAAACUUUUUAACACUCCUAUAAAACAACUUUUAUAAAUCAUUAUCUUUUAAGCAGCAAAUUAACUUAAGUAAUGUAUUUUUAUUAAAUUAAAGCUCACUUGAGAUUCUUUAUUAUUCUGUUUAUACAUGUAGAAGUAUCCCAAGAGAGGGAAAUCCUUUUAUAUAUAUAUAAUAAUGUGAUAUUCAAUUGGAACACGAUGAAAACAUGUAUAGAUAAAAGAUUGAUAUCAUUUAUACUGAAUGCAUAUGUCACUGUCUUUGGUGUGUUCCUGCUGUGUUUAGUUUCAAAUUCCAUCUUUCAGUUCUUUUUAAAAGGUUUAAUCACCUGCAACGUUUCGUUUGCGGCUUGCGGCAAACGAAACGUUGCAGGUGAUUAAACCUUUUCUGUGUUUUAAAAAGAACUGAAAGAUGGAAUAUGUCACUGUCUGUUCAGCCAUUUGUAUGACCCGAGUGAAAGUUAUAGUUUUGUCACUGCAUGCUGACAUUUCCCGUAUGUAUGGAUGACUUUAUAAUGUGAAAGUGCCUUCCUGUUACGUGUAAUUCUGAAACUGAAUUUGUUGUUUUUCUUUGAAGAGGAAGAGGUUCGCGUGGCAUCGUGAAGUAGGCCGGUUGUAUUCAUGCAAUGCAGUUUUAGUGAGACGGCGAGUGCAACUCAGUAAUAAAAGAAAUCAUUUGCUGCUCUGAAUCAUCGGCGGCAGCUUGAUUUGUGCUACUGGUUGUGCAAACCAUCACUGACCCAAAGUCCACACAAUUAGUUUUAGAGUAAAGGUCGACUCAGACUGUAAGAGGUAAGAGUCGUUCUUUGUGUGUGCAGGGCAUUUGAGGGCAGCAAAAUCAAAGGUGCAAUGCUGCCACCUGGUGGGGAGGUGUGGUACAGAGAAACUUAAAAGAAACAAAUUUGGUUUCACUUGAAACGAUUUGAAACAAUAUAAAUGCACUUGUCAUCCUCCAUCUCUAAAACCACCAAAGAAAAUUGUGCUUUUUUGAUUAACCCUAAAUAAUCAGAAUUUGUAAAAAUAUUUAUAAUAAUGCAUCGAUUUUUGUACGUGUGGUUAAAAAUCUUGUCUUUUUUCCAGAUUUUUAACACAAGAAAUGGAGAAACUUUAAAACUCUAAGGCAAAGAUAAUUAAGUGAACUUGGAUUAAUUUUGCCUUUCAUUAAGCUGUUGGUUGAUCUCAUUUCUACGAGCUGACUGUUCCUCUGUGAGAAAAGCCAGCCCCUCUGUGAGAAGCAGAUUCCUAUUAGCCUCAUACAGGAUCAGAUCAUUAAUCUGCAAUGUUCCAGGUAACCUCUUUUACCUGUUCCAGGUAAUGUGCUGAACUGCAUCCUCAGUGCUUUACAAAAUCUCCAAGUACUGUAUUCAAACAUGUCGCCGAUAUAUUUGCUCUCACAAACAUAAAACGUUCAAGUUUCAUGCUCAGAGGGACGCGUGUCCCCUUUUUACUGCGGUGCUCAGAGAUUAAAUAAACACUUUUAAUCAGAAUAUCUUGUUAAUAAAUUCAUGCAUGUCAAUUGUGAUUACUUUAAUGUAAAAUUAUAUAAGUUGAGCUUUGAUUUUCUUGUGAACUAGUUUGUAGAACACAAUUCUACCAACAUGCACUGAACUGGAAAAUAACUAAUAAACUAAAAAACAUG